GAUGCUGCGCCCGGAGAGUCUGGGAAGCACCGAGUAGAUGGUAGCUGCCAAGGCAAGGAGACAGACAGGAGGACCGGGGGAGGGGAGCCCUGCUGCCCAGUGAGGGCUGCUCUGUGCCAGGAGGACAAGGAGGAAUACUAUGGCUGCUCUGCUGCUGGGAACAAGCCUGUCUUUGCAUCUCUUCCAGCUGCUUCUCCUCCUCUCCAGCCCUUUGUUCACUUGCAGCCUGGAGAAGCAUGCAGGAAGCCGGGAGAGCACCGGGGACCUCACCUCUCCUCCAGUCAUGUGCAUGGUGGAGCAGGGGGCUUGCAUUGCAAGGUUGGUACUGCUGCUGGAUGACAUCAAGGGGGCUCGGUGCAUGGUGGAAGCCCUUCAGGCCAGAGGCAAUGGCAGCCAGGGGGGCUUCUCCAGGCACCCUUGGCAUCACAGUCUUGCAAGGAGGAUUUCCGGACAGUUAUGUGCAAAGUGCAUUCCUAGAACUUGGGGGUCGAGCCAGCUCGGUGGCUGCAGGUGCGUUCCUCUAGGAGGCUGCAGGGGGAAAGCAAUGCACGGAGCUGGCCCCUGCUUUCAUCUGCCAAAUCCCAGCUCCGUACCCCCGGCUUGUAUUAUGAUCAGGACCAAGGGACACGAGACCAAAGGGGACCCCCCUCCCUGGAUUACAAAACCUCUGGACUGCCUGCUCACCUUCGGACCCCAUUGCCUUAAAAAUCACAGCAAAGACAUUCGCGUUCUCUCACGACGCUGCCCGCCAAUGCUACUGACAUUCAGUGACGCCGCGCCGAGCAAUAGGAGUUCAUUACAACUCCUUGUGGUCAGUAGGAGUGACAGAUGUUUUUCGGGGGGCGAGCAACGCACCCGGGACAAUAACAGCGGCGACUUCAAUGUGGAUGGACAUUGUGCCGCUUUGGGGAUUGUAAUGGUUAACAGCGAUGGAUCUGAUCCAGGCGGCGGGGACCCGCGUGGUAUGUUUUACUGUGCCGAUGACCACGGGGUGCACGGAUCUCCCAGCCAGAGAAAUAUAACCGGGGAUUGCCCCAUCCUUGCUUUUUUACCUAAGGAAAACAACACCAGUCUGGUUGCCCAGGUCAUCAGGCGUUGUCAACGUAGGCAUCCCCGUCCAUGGCGGCAUAAAUUACCGGACUGUUACGUGUUGGAAUACUACACUCAUCAUCCUCAGCCUUCAGUUCCGUCAGUGAUUUCUAUCAGUGGGGCCCUGUACGCUUGCUCUGGAUUAUCGGAAGGUGCUCGGUGUGGGGGUGGACCUGCUGGUGACCAGUCCUGCGGUCUGCCAUGGUUGAGCAGCUUCCAGGAUUGCUGGAGACAGCAGCCCGGGGACAACACGUGGAGAGAGGAUAUUUCAGCACCAGCAGAUCAGACAGCUCCCAGGGUGGAUGCAGCUGUUCUUACGCAGCCGGAGCUGUCCCCAAAAGAACCCUGCUCUGUCUAUUUUCCAUUUAACACCACCAAAGGUUGCUUAAAAACUACUUUCCCACUAUCCGGCAUGGGGAAGCUUACCAAUAUUGACCUGUUCGCUCAGCAGCAAUUAUCUGGCAGCAAAGAAAUGCAGCCGAAUCCAUUCCACCUCCCUCAUAUAUCACAUACACACGAUGUCAAGCAGGGGAUCAGUGGGAGGAGAAGAGAAAGGGCAUCCCUUCCAUUAAUAAGAACACGCAGGGCAGCCAACCGGCCUCCUCUCUUCCUCCAACAUAAUUAUCAGGUUCAGGUGGCCGAAAAUCAGCCCCCGGGGACCCCUGUGAUAACCAUGACAGCGCAAGACCCAGAUACCGGGGAAUCGGGGAGGGUGAUGUACAUUAUGGACGCCUUGAUGAAUAGCAAAUCUUUAGAGCUCUUCAGUAUAGACUCAGUGACAGGUUUAAUCUCCACCACCGAAAUCCUAGACAGGGAAAACAUGGAACAACAUUAUUUUCGAGUCACGGCCAUAGACCACGGGAGUUCGCGUUUGUCAGCGACCACUAUGGUGUCCGUAACCGUGGCUGACAAAAACGACCACAGCCCGUCGUUUGAGCAGACGGAGUACAGGGAGAGCAUUAGGGAGAACGUAGAGGAGGGGUACCCCAUCUUGCAGCUGAGAGCCACCGAUAUCGACUCUCAGGCCAACGCCAAUAUUAAGUAUCGGUUUGUCAACGAGCAAGCCGCCCAUUCGGUGUUCGAAAUAGACGCCAGGUCCGGUUUGAUCACCACCAGCGGUCAGGUAGACCGGGAGAAAAGGGAAAAAUACUCCUUAAUCGUGGAAGCCAGUGACCAAGGGAAAGACCCCGGCCCUAGGUCAUCUACUGUAAAGGUGGAGAUUACCGUGUUCGACGAAAAUGAUAACGUCCCCCAAUUUAGUGAGAAGCGUUACAUCGUUCAGAUCCGGGAAGAUAUUAAGCCUCACACGGAGAUUUUAAGGGUUAUGGCCACCGAUCUUGACAAGGAUAAUAAUGCUGUGGUCCAUUAUAACCUUAUUAGUGGGAAUAGUAGGGGGCAGUUCUCCAUCGACAGCUUCAAUGGUGCCAUACAGGUCAUAAGCCCCCUAGACUUUGAAUCCGAGAGGGAGUACACUUUAAGAGUCCGCGCCCAGGACUCGGGCCGCCCACCCCUUUCCAACAACACUGGCAUGAUAAGCGUGCAAGUCUUAGACAUUAAUGACCAUGCCCCUAUAUUUGUUAGUACCCCCUUUCAAGUAAAUGUCCUUGAAAACGUCCCCUUGGGUCACUCAGUGAUUCACAUCCAAGCUGUUGAUGCCGAUUAUGGCGAAAAUGCCCGUAUGGAAUACAAGUUACUGGGGGUCUCGUCCACCACCCCGUUUGUGAUCAACAGCGCCACCGGUUGGAUCACCGUGAGCGGACAGCUGGAUAGAGAGACAGAAGAACGCUACUUGUUUGGGGUUGAGGCCCGCGAUCACGGUAACCCACCGCUGUCUGCUUCCGCCAGCGUAACCAUCACCAUCCUGGAUGUGAAUGACAAUCGCCCCGAGUUUACCCAAAGAGAAUAUUUUAUUCGCCUAAAUGAGGAUGCCAGCGUGGGUACCAGUGUGCUUAGCGUCACGGCCAUAGACAGGGAUGUCAAUAGCAUCAUCUCCUACCAGAUCACCGGGGGGAAUACUCGCAACCGCUUUGCCAUCUCUACUCAGGGUGGAGCAGGGUUAAUCACUUUGUCAUUGCCCCUCGACUACAAACAGGAAAGACGUUACAUUCUGACGGUGACGGCUUCCGACCGUAUCCUGCAUGAUAACUGUUACGUCCAUAUCAACAUCACCGAUGCCAACACUCACCGUCCGGUAUUUCAGAGCGCGCACUACACCAUCGAUAUCAACGAGGAUCGUCCCAUUGGAAGCACGGUGGUGAUAAUCAGUGCCGCAGAUGAUGACGUGGGUGAAAAUGCCAGGAUCACCUACUUUCUAGAAGACAACAUCCCCCAGUUUCUUAUUAAUCCAGACAGUGGAGCCAUCACGCUCAAUGCCCUUCUGGACUAUGAGGACCAGAUGAUUUACAGCCUGGCCGUUGUGGCAAAAGACAAUGGAAUUCCCCAAAAAUCUGACACGACUUAUGUAGAAAUAAUGGUUAACGAUGUCAAUGAUAAUGCCCCUCAGUUCCUGAACACGCAGUAUCAUGGGAUUGUCUCAGAGGACGCUCCUCCCUUCACCAGUGUCCUCCAGAUCUCUGCCACCGACCGGGAUUCCCAUACCAAUGGACGGGUACAAUAUACUUUCCAAAAUGGAGAAGACGGAGACGGGGAUUUCACCAUUGAACCAACCUCAGGUAUUAUUCGUACUGUGCGGAAAUUGGACCGGGAAACGGUUCCUUUCUAUGAGUUGACAGCCUAUGCGGUGGACAGGGGUAUCCCUCCCCAGAGAAGCCCAGUCCGCAUCCAAGUAGCCGUUCAGGACGUCAAUGACAAUGCCCCCGUCUUCCCAGCGGAUGAAUUUGAGGUUUUCGUGAAGGAAAACAGUAUUGUUGGCUCAGUUGUUGGUAGGAUCAAGGCUUUGGAUCCCGACGAAGGUCCAAAUGCCCAGAUCAUGUAUCAGAUUGUUGAAGGUAACAUUCCAGAAAUUUUCCAAAUGGAUUUCUUUUCUGGAGAGCUCACCGCCCUCAUAGAUUUAGACUACGAGACGAGACCUGAGUACGUCAUCGUGGUUCAGGCCACCUCGGCCCCCCUGGUUAGCCGAGCCACGGUUCAUAUUAAGCUGAUCGAUCAAAAUGACAAUACUCCCGUUCUGAAGAACUUCCAGAUACUCUUCAAUAAUUACAUCUCCAACAGCUCCAACACUUUUCCCUCUGGUGUCAUUGGGAAGAUACCGGCAUAUGACCCUGAUGUAUCAGAUAAACUCUUCUACACCUUUGAACGUGGGAACGAGCUAAAUUUGUUGAUCGUCAAUCACUCGAGUGGGGAAUUAAGGCUCAGCCGGAAAUUGGACAACAACCGACCCUUGAUGGCAUCAAUGUUGGUCACGGUAUCAGAUGGGAUCCAUAGUGUGACCGCCCAAUGUGUCCUGCGUGUUCUCAUCAUCACAGAAGACAUGUUGUCUAACAGUAUCACAGUUCGCCUAGAGAACAUGUCUCAGGAGCGCUUCCUGUCUCCCCUGUUGACCAGCUUCUUGGAGGGAGUGUCGACCGUGUUGGCCACCCCAAAGGAAGACAUCUUCAUUUUCAACAUCCAGAAUGACACCGACGUUAAGAGCACCAUACUCAACAUCAGCUUCUCUGCCCUCGUUCCACAAGGUGACCGCUCACAGUUUUUCAGCUCAGAAGACCUUCAAGAGCAACUCUAUAUGAAGAGGAUGACUCUGACCUCGGCCUCCAUGCUGGAGGUCUUACCAUUUGACGAUAAUGUCUGUCUACGUGAACCCUGUGAAAAUUAUAUGAAGUGUAUAUCUGUGCUGAAGUUUGACAGCUCGGCUCCAUUCAUUGCUUCCGAGUCCAUACUUUUCCGUCCAAUUCACCCCAUCACUGGUCUACGCUGCCGUUGCCCUCAGGGCUUCACCGGGGAUUAUUGUGAAAUUGAAAUUAAUCUUUGCUACUCAAAUCCUUGUCAAAAUGGAGGCGUAUGUGCCAGAAGAGAAGGAGGCUACACGUGUAUAUGCCAGGAACGCUUCACAGGUCAGUGUUAUUGUGGUUGUGGUAUGGGUUGGCAUGCUUGGUGGUUUGUUGGGAUAGCAUGGUGUCCUUAA